AUGCGCAACCUCUGGUUUCUCGUUAGCUGUCUGGCAUUGAUCGCAGUCAGUGCUGCACGUGAAAAAGUCGUCUACUGCUACUUCGGUAGUUGGGCAGUAUAUCGUCCAGGAAAAGGACAAUUCCAAAUCUCGAACAUAGACACAUCCCUCUGCACCCACUUGGUCUACACUUUUGUGGGCCUCGAAGGUGAAAACGUGAAGGUUCUCGAUCCUUGGCAGGACCUCCCUAAUGACUGGGGCAAGGAUGGCUUCAAGCGUUUCAACGACCUGCGCCUGAAAAGCCCUGGACUCAAGACGCUGAUAGCCAUGGGGGGAUGGAACGAGGGAUCAAUCCAAUACUCUCAGAUGGCUUCUAAGCCAGAAACACGUAAGGGCUUCGCUGAAAAUGUGGUAAAAUUCGUCCUGAAGCAUGGAUUCAACGGUUUCGAUCUCGACUGGGAGUACCCGGCCCAGCGCGGAGGAGCUCCUGAAGACCGCAAGAAUUAUAUUGAACUCCUGAAGAUCUUGAGGUCACGUUUCGACGAGGAGGGACUGAUUUUGAGUGCCGCUGUAGCUGCUGCUGAGUUUUCCGCCAAUAAAUCAUUCAAUAUACCUGAGAUGAGCAAAUACUUGGACUUCAUCAACAUCAUGGCUUAUGAUUUUCAUGUUGCGAAGGACCUUGUCACGGGACUGAAUGCCCCUUUUCUGGCUUCUCCUUCUGACACUCCGAAAGACAAGCAAUUGACUGUUCAAGCUGCAGUUAAGUACUGGUUGAAACAAGGUGCCCCCAAGGAGAAACUUGUCCUCGGAAUGCCACUUUAUGGACGAUCCUUCACACUGGAGAAUCCGUCAGAUAACAGAGUUGGAGCUCCAGCUCGUGGCCCUGGUAUGGCUGGACCGUACACUCGCGAGCCUGGAAUGCUGGGGUACAAUGAAAUUUGUGAGAUGCACGCCAUGGGUGGCUGGAAGGUUGUUUUUAAUAUGGAACAUUUUGUGCCUUAUACCACCAUGGGAAACCAGUGGGUUUCAUACGAUAACGUCAAAUCAAUCCGUGAGAAGGCAACGCUCAUCAAAGAUUUGGAUCUGGCUGGCGCCAUGAUAUGGAGUGUGGAGGGUGAUGACUUCGGGGGAGUCUGUGGUGAGAAAUAUCCCCUUCUCAAGACCAUCAAUGCAGUCCUUCGAGGUGGUAAACCAGUUCCUGAAGAGCCAACCCCACCAGUAAAGCCAGAAUCAACGACAUCACCUCGCCCAAGCCUUUGCACGACAGACGGACCCAUCCCGGAUCCUGGUUCCUGUGGAUUCAUCAUGUGUGUUCCAGAUGACUUCGGUGGAUUUGUCGAGCACGCCAUGCAGUGUGCGCCUGGGCUGUGCUUUAACCCAGCCGUUGCAGCCUGCGAUUGGCCACUCAAUUAAUGAACAUAACUUCAAAUUAAUUGUGAUUGAAGCCUCGCCAUAGUCUCGAUUAUCUGGUUUUGCAGAUGAAUAUCUCAU